GUGGCCUCUGGCCGGAUCCACCCCCGUGGGGGUGACUCAGCCGCCGAGGCCCUUCCUUAUAUAACGCGGUGGCACCGUGGGCCGGGGCAGCACCCAUCAGGUGCCCCUUGCCUCAGUUUCCCCUCGCCGAGGCGCCCGCAGCGCCGCCACCGCAGCCAUGUGGAUGGUGUCACCGCCGGUCGAUGAAGGAUCUCCCCAGCUUGCCUGGCUUUGGGACCACGGCAAAGGUAUUUUGCAGUCCAGCAAGAAGCUGGUGCUGAGCGAGCGGGCGGGAGCCGGCCGGGGCCGGACGCUGGAGUUCCUGCGGAGGAAUGCGGCCAAUGGACUCUCCAUGGCCAACCUGGUGGCCGGGCUCGCCUCCAUCCUCUGCAGCCUCAACAGGCAAUACUCCUACUCGUGCUGGCUGCUGCUGGUGGGGUUCCUGCUAGACCUGGCCGAUGGAGCCGUUGCCCGCCAGCUCGAUGCCUGCUCGGCGCUGGGUGCCAAGCUGGAUGACUUCGCUGACUUUACCACCUUCGGGCUGGGCACGGCGCUGCUGCUGCAGCCGCAGGGCGCCCUGGCAGGGCUGCUGGUCAUCGCCUACGUCAUGGCCGUGUUCGCUCGCCUCUGCUUCUUCUCCGCCGGGAUCCCCUUCACCUACCGGGGGCUGCCCUGUCCCUACGCCUCCGCGCUGCUGGUGGGGACCUUCCUGCUGCUGGGGGGGGAUGUCGCCCUGCUGCGCGUCACCGCUGCCGUCAUGAUCCUCUUCAUGGUGGACCAGGGCCUCUACCCUCACGACAAGGUGCUGGAGUCCCAGCUCUGGAAGAAAGUGGUUUAUGCUGGAGGGGUGGUGGCAGUGCUCUUCUCACCGGCAGCAGUGGCCUCGGUCUAUUUCCUCGCCUGGUCCAUAUCCUACAUCUUCUUCCCCUUUGCCAUCUGGAGCUGUGAAACCCAAGCUGUGCCUUCAUCUCGUGCCCAGUAAAGCCUUCCUCUUC